GCGCAACAUAGUCGGGAGAGGCGAGGCAUCUGAACACAAGCCGUGCACACCAGACAGCUGUCGGAAUGACGCCUGACUAUAUUCCACAAUGUUAACGUGAAGGAAUACAGGAUUAUAUGUCACCGUGUUUCCCUGGUCUCUGUGUGGGGUGUACCGCAGGGAGGUUUGCGAGGAUACAGUGAAGCUAAUUCGACGAAUCAUUGUUCUAACGAGACAUACAUUUUCAUAUAGGUUUAUCCUUGCAAGAACCAACUAACUGAUCGUCCUUGACCGCUACCGGAACCCCCAGCGAGGCAGCUGGAAUGGGGGUUUUUCAACAGCUAUUUUUGUUGUUCAAGAAGAACUUCAUUCUCCGAAAAAGGCAACCUAUCACUCUCGUCCUUGAGGUAGCAUGGCCGGUGUUGAUCGUCGCCGUGAUCGCCAUCAUCAGACAAGGGGUGCCACCUCAAGACAAAGAUACAUGUCACUACCAAAAGCGUGCUAUGCCCAGUGCGGGCGUGGUGCCCUUCCUCCAGACUUUUGUAUGCAACCUGGAUAACCAGUGCCACAGCCCCUAUACCCUGAAUCGGGCCCAGGAGACGACCUACAGUGUGUCCAAGUUAGUACAACAACUAGCUCCGAGUCUGGCUUCCGAUGAUGUUAUCCAGGGUCUGUUAGCUAUGGAUCAAGGCGUCUCCGUGAUGGAUGCACUUGUUAACAUUGCCAAUGAUUCCGACCUGCUGGCAGGCUUGGAUUCUAUGCUAACAGUCCGGAGUUUCUUCCAAGAUCCAAACUACGUGAAACAGGUCCUGGUGGCAAACUAUAAAGUGAUGAACGAGGAACAGGCGGAUGCCUUGUUGGAUUCUACUGUCAACAUCACUAUGAUAUUCGACAUCAUUGGUUAUCCUGACUUCCGCGGUGUUGCUUGUAAUCCUGCCCGACUGAGCCAGUUCCUAUUGUUCAAACCCGAUGUCGAUGUCCGCAACAUCUCCGCCAGCCUCUGCAUCAUCAGCACCGACAGGAUCUCCGAGAUCAGCAGGUUCCUCCAGUCCCAGUUUGACAUAGCAGAGCUUGUCAGGGUUAUGGGGAAGUUCGAAAAGCUUAAGAAGCGUCUUGGAAUGCCCUACACAUCUGCUCAAGCCUUCGGGGACAUUGCAGACAUGGUUGACCUGGCGAUGAAGUCGCCUUCUCUCCAGGCAGCUCUCGCAUCCAUGUCCAGCCUCAGACAGUUGCCAGACCUUAUCCGUAAACUGCCGGAGAUGAUUGAUAAAAUAAAACAGAUGGGAUACUUUGACAUGGCACCGUUUGUAAGACUGGUGGGUAUUCUGGACCCUGUGGUGGAGGCCAUGAAACCUAACGACACCAUCUGGUACGCUGUGAAGUAUACAGUGCUGGUGGCUGCAGACUUGUCUGACCUCGUACAGCAGAAAACCAAUGGUUCCGCCACUGACACAAUCAAUCGACUCUUUGGCUCCGCACAGAAGAUGCUAGAGUAUGUGCAGCAGUUGGCUGGAGCCAUGCAAGUAGAUUUUAAGCUGCUCCUUGGGGCAGUGACACAAGUGGAUUGGUUAAAUAUCUACGACCAGAUAGCCAAUGGUGCUGUCAAUACCAAAGCAACUGAACAAAACCUCCAGCAACUGCAGACCACACUUCAAAGUCAACCACUUAUUUGGAAUGUAACAGCUCCUGUUGUCAUGGUGAUUAACCGGAUGCUAGACAUUAGUACCAUCAUGAUUCAGGAGACAAAGGACUUGGAGACAGUUGUGUCUGACAUGGUAAACAAGAUUGGCCCAGCACAAUCAGCACUGACCACACUCUUCAACAAAGGGCCCAACAUCACUAUGGCUGUUUUGUCAGCAUUCACUGACUCUAAGGCAUUGGCGCGACUGUUUGAGUACCCCUUCUCCUACCAAGCCUUCUGCAACGGCAUCAUGGAUGAUGUGGCCAAAACCACUGAUGUUACUGUAGUGGCAGACUUGAGAGCAGUUAUGUGCACCGCCAACAUCUCAGCGUCUGUCAACAACCUGUUUGCGUCACUAAGAGCACAAGACAUUGAGAGAAUUAUGGAUGAUACAGUGACGAAGAUCAGGAACUUGAUGAAUGGCGAGAUCCCCCCAGCAAACCUGACCAUGGUGUUCCUGAGAGCCCAGGAUAUGGCAACAGCUGUCAUGAACUUUGUUGACAUAACUAAUGCCACCUGGCGGAACGUUUUCACAACAAUCCGUCUACCAAACAUUGAUCUUUCCGAAAGACAAUGGGAACCGGUUCUAGAUCAGAUGAACCAGAAUUAUGUAGCAUCAGCGUUUCUGGCGAUGUUCCGAGGUUUUGGUACUGCCAUGGAUAAUGGAAACGUUGGUCCUAUGAUCGGCCAGUAUGUACACAUGGCAGAUUCUGUCAUCAAGAAUUUUUACAAGUACAUGCAGAUGCUAUUGGACAUCUACUCGCCCACCUCCACAUUAGGUCGUAUGGUGCAGAUGGUGACCACGUAUGCACCAGAACUUCUACAGGCGAUGUCCACCAUGGCCAAGAACCCUUCACAGAUUGUUCAAAUCGUGUCUAUUACGGAUCCAAUGGCAGCAAUGUGUUCCUGGGUUCAGCAGAUGCCACUACCGGCAUACGUCCCCCACACCGACAUGUCCAACGCCGUCUGUUAUGGACUCCCAGAGAUGUACAACCAAGCCAUGAACAUGACAUCUACUAUGAACACUCUGGUCCAGCAGAUAGUCGAUGCAACUCAACCACAGCCUGGCCGCAGCUAUGACCUACAGAAGGACUGGUCAGAGAUCAUGGACUACACAGAAAGGACUGUGACCAUGCUGAGUCAGCAAGGGAAUCUGCUUGCGCUUGUGGAGGGUCCAGUGAGCCUGAUGACAGUUGCUAACUUCACACGGAUGGAGAAAACCUUUGCAGUGAUGGGUGACAUCAUGGAGGGAUUUACAUAUAAGGAUAUGGCAAGCUUCAUGGACAUUUCCCUGGCUGUGAUACACCAACUUGAACCCUCCAUGCAGAACAGCAAUGACUGGAAGAUUGUGGAGCACAGCGUCCUGGCAUACAACGCAUUCCUUAAACUCGUAAAUCACUACUACACAAAUAUUACUGAGGGCAGCAGCUACUCAGACCUGUUGAGGACGUUCCCAGCUGAGUUCCAGGCUUAUGCAAGGAAGAUGGCAUCGGUGACUCCAGACUUCAUCGAGGCCCUCAAAAAUACAAUCCUAAAUCCAGAGAAGCUGGUUAAAAAGAUCUUUGACCUCCAAGCUGGGUUUGCUGGUCCUGACUGCUCAACAUCUUGGCUGACCGAUUUCCUGGACAUUGACAGCAACAGCUCCCUUAUUGAAUUUGAACGAGAGACCUGCUCCUUGAACUGGACAGCCUUUGGCAUGGAUCUUCUACAGCAGGAUCCCUACAUGCAGGAGUAUACGAAUCAGGUGGCUAUUCUGUCGAACCCAGACCUGUCUAGCCUGCCAGACGUGACGGUCAACUGGACCGAGGUUAUGGUCAACACAGAGCGAUAUCUACAGUGGAUAACUGAAGGACUAGUCAUGAACAGCAGCACACAGUUUAGCAUGGCUCCCUUCAACGUCUCUGCCAUCGACAUGAAGUGGACCGAGUUUGUUGCUGCCAUGAAAUCUCUCGAGAAUGUUGACAUUCAGAGACUUGGAGAUCUGGUGACAAUGAUCCAGAUAUCUCUGGAGAAGCUGGGGAUGACUAUGGGGAACUCUACAGAUGGCAGCGCCGAUGCCUUCAUCCUCAACUCCUUGUAUGGCCAACUAUACAUAAAUCACCACACCCUAGCCUUCUUAAAUAAAAUCCUCACGUACUUCUCAACACAUGGCACAGUGAACGUGUACGACUACCUGGGCUCUGAUGAGUUGAAGACAUCCUCCAGGCUGACGGAACUGGCACCAGAGUUCAGCAAGCUCGUGUUGGACUCACUCGUGUCCUACUUCAACGAACCACAGAAGAUUUACAAGUUCCUGAACAUGCCCGACUUUUUGGGACAGUUGUGUUCGAAUAUGACUGUGUUCACAACUGUGUUCGACACGUCAAAGUCCAGUGCUGACCCAUCAACUCUGCAGACAGUCCUGUGUUCUAUUACGGGCAAUCUCAACUACACAGCCAUGUAUAUGGAACUGAGGCAGAACUGGGAUGGCUUCGCCCAGUUUGCAGAUGCUAUAACGGGAAUAUCACUGAACACAAUCCCAGUCGAACAGCUUCGGGUUAACGCCUCCACUCUCAUCUCCGACCAACUAACAUUCAUGGAUCUGAUCAACAGAACUAUCAUGAACCCGCCCAAUAUUGUAUUCUUCACAAACAACAACUGGAUGAAUGCUACCAUCUAUACUGAACUUGGGGAGACUUUCCUGCAGGACAUGAAUGUUAUAUUCAGCAAGUACCAGGACCCAGGAGUUGCGAUGGAGAUGCAGUUGCGGAUGAUGCUCACUAGCCUUGGUGAUAUUCCAGAGGCCAGAACAGCAAUGAAGUACAUGGAGGUCAUGGGGGAAAUCAUGCUCAGCCAGAUACAGAGGAACUUUGAACCUCUGAAUGAGUCAUUGCAAGACUUCCCGAACAUGCUGAAGAUUGUGCAGCUGAUGAAUGACAUCCCCUUUGUCCUGGAGGUCACACUGUACACCAACCUGGUUGCAUCAGAGAAGACUGCUCAGUGGAGCGCAGCCAUGCAGUCAUUUGAGACGUUCUGUGGAACAGACCCUGCCAAUCUAUUCUCUAUUCCCCCAACACUGCAGUUCAGCAUGGCGCCGUUCUUAAGGACCAUCUGUACCAUCAACAUCACAGCUCUCAUGGAGGAGUCCCAGCGUUAUUCUGGGAGUGAUAGACUCACUGCUUUGAUUUCUGGCAAUAUGACUGAACCAGUGAAUGUGACUGCCUUGCCUCUAACGAUGAUGAAACUUAUUGAGACACUGACCAAUGGAAACACAACGUAUGGAAUCAUGCAGGGCCUGCCUCGGUUGUUUGAUGCGGCCACAUGGACGGCUGUGAUUGAGAGGAUGGGGGGAUACCUGAACCAGUCAGUUACUACCCUUAUGUCUCCAAAGUCUAUGUUUCUUCUUGCACAAAACAUAGUCUCCAGUGUCCCUGGUCUUCGUAGUCAGCUGAAACCGAUGGAAAUUGUAAUGAUUGUCUUGGAGACCAUCUUAGAUCGAGUGCUUAUCCUGGAGAAUGCAACCUCAUUUGCCCCCCGAGAUAUCUUCCCCCAAUCCCCUCAGCUUCAGGCCAUGAUAGACUUGCUGCAGGAACCUGGAGUGUUGGUGGUGCUGAUGGAGUCUCUCAACUCUCAGAAGAUGACGCCUUUGUUUGCAAUGACAAAUGUGACCGAGGUCUUCAUGACCCUGUGCUGGCCCGGCGCCAACAUCUCCCAGUACCUGGUAGUACCCCCGGGUGUCACCUUUGAUGUGUCCAAGCUUCAGAGCGGCUUUUGUGCGAUCAAUAUCACACAACUGGAACCCGAGGUCUACGCUGCCUUUGAUAUACCAAGAAUACAGAGAGUGGCAAAUGGAUUAGAACAAGUAGACUGGCUGGGAGUGGGGGCUAAGUUCCAGCGUGUGUACGACCUGGUGACCCGGUGGGUUCGCAUGCCUCCCACGGUCGUCUUGCCGGCCAACUGGGAGAAUGGAUCCUACUGGCUGAACAUGCUGGAGCAAUAUGCCAUGGCUAGACAAGAUCCUGCUGCUAUCAAUGCUGAGAUUGAGAGCCUACUGACCAGGUUGGGUCCGCUGAUGAUGCAAGAACCAUUCCGUCAGUAUGGGAUAGUGAUGGAGGCUGUGAUGAGACUGCUCAAUGAGAACAUAGUCGGUCUCCAGAACAAGAGUCUGACUGUCACAUCCAUGUUUGAUCAGGUCCCCAUCCUAAGGGAUGUGAUAACAGCCAUAGGAUUGAGGGGCGACAUGCUGGAGACAGUGUUGACAGCACCAGUGAAAGAUACCGAGCUUUUCACUCGGGCUCUACUCGAUCCCACAUCUAGUAAUGUGUGUACCUCACCAGUUGUUUGGAGAGAUAUCCUACUUCUUCCAGCGACAUUUAACUUCUCUGCUUUGACACAAGCCAUCUGCAGCCAAAACACAUCCAUCAUGGUUGCUAACCUUAUCAGAAAUCUUGACCUUGAGAGGGUCAUUGCAGGAUUGAGCAACAUGUCAGUUAUUCCUGACUGGAAGCUCAUUUUAUCACAGUCUCAAGUGCUUGCCCAAAACAUCAACAAUCUGAUUCAGAACCCACCAGCCUUCAAUGUGAGUGCUAGCCUUGCUAUUCUCCAGACAUCUUACAACGAGACCAACCUGUGGAACCUAGUCACCGUCUACAAUGCUAUGGCUCAAGUGUUUGGGAACAGUUCUGAGUUCCAGGCUGUGGAGGGAUACAUGAAUGGGGCUUCACUUGUCCUCAACUUCCUCAAUGACCUCUUCCAGAAGAUGGCAGUAAAUGGUGUGACACUUGACCUAGGGUCAGUGUUCAGUGGAAGUCCUACCUUCACUGGUUUGAUCAAUACUAUGCUCCAUCUGAGGCCCGAUCCCAUCACAGCACUUGCCUCAGUACAGUUGAAGAAUUCACAGUCAAUGGCCUUUUCUGCUUUUGUCACUGACCCACAACGGCUUGCCACCUUGUUUUGUGACGAGACUGUAUUCCUGCAAUAUUUCAAUGUGGCCCCUGGCUUCAACCUAUCCAGCCUCCUGCCCAAACUCUGUAGACUCAACUUCACCAACAUGGCUUCGGAGCUUGACUCAAACUUCAUGGUAUCAGCUUUAAUUGCAAAAUUCCAGCAAACAGGACGUCAGCCAUUCAACAUGACAUCCUACAUGGCGGUAUACCAGCAGUUGAACAAUAAGAUCAUGGAGCUGACAGGUGUAAGAAAUGUCAGCUUUGGGGACUAUGACCUUGAACGCCUGGCCCAGGUGAACAUGACCGCGUUGCUUCAAGCGUUGGAGCAACAAUCAGCUGCCGCCAUGAGGGACUACCCUGCUUACAUAAACACUUUGUUGGAUUCCCUACAACAGAGUCUUAGGAAUACAUCUGACUGGAAAACUGUGGCUAUCUCCCUCAAAAUCAUGGACCUGUAUCUUAAGUACUUCAACGACAACCUCGAAACAAUAUCAGGACAACCUCUGAGCCUUGAGCUGCUUGUGAGGAACACUGAACUGGGUCGUGUUCUCCUUCCCAUCAUGUCAGACCCCCUCUGGCUGGACCAGCUGCUCCAACUCCAGAUCAAAGCAGACAAGUUACAGGAACUGUUGCAGUCACCAGAUGCUGGUACUGCUGUUUGUAGCAGUGCAUUAUGGGAAGCGUUUGUCACACCAACGAAUACAUCUGCCCUGGAGUACCUGCAGCAGCAGAUGUGUUCCAUCAACACCACCGUCCUCAUGUGGCAGACUAUCACCAACACUGCCAAGGGGUACCAGUUCUACCAGCAGAUGAUGCUUCUGAUGAGUGAACUUGAAAGAGGCACCUCCACUGUGAACGUCAACACCACAGAGCUGACCUCAGAUCUCACAAAGACAAUCAACCUCAUAAGUGCAUUUGCCAACAGCCUCACCAACAGCUCCCUGUCUGCAGACAACUUUGUCAAUGUCGCUGGAUUCCAGAAUGUUCUGAACAAGUUCCAGAGCACUAUCAUGCAGAAACUCAUCCAACUGUCAUCUCAACUGUCUACAGGCAUCAGCACACUCCUCUGGCCAUCCAUCCCCGACCCUGAUGCUGCCAGCUCCAUGGCCCGCUCCAUCAACACCAUGAAGGUGAUCAUGGAUGUCAUCAACAACAGACUAGAGGACAUUAAAGGUGGCAACAUCUCCCUUAAUACACUGGCUGGCAAAUCCCCUGCUCUGUUGGCACUGAUGGAAGCCUACAUAAAUGUCACAAAAUUUGGACUACAGGCCUGGAUGGAUGGGCAGAUAGACAUGCAGAGGAUCAUUGAACUGAUGAGUGACCAGUCUAUGGUGACCUCACGGUGUCAGGCUGGAACAGUGGCAGCAUUCAUCUCUAACAGCACCACCCCCAACACCGUGGUGAGGAACCUGCAGACAGUCCUCUGUACCUACAUGACGGAUCUCCCCAGGGAAUUCAGCAGUCUCGUGGAUUAUCAGCAGAUACAACAACAGAUAUCUGACAUCUGGAACUCCACAGUUGUGGUACGUCCUGACUUCGCAGGGUACUCGGCCAGUGUGGAGAGGUUCAGCCAGCUGGUGACUCAGAUAGCCCAGAGCAACAUCCAGCUGUCACAGGGACUCAAGAAUACAUUUGACUUCUCCAGCCUACUCAACUCUCUCAAUAAUUUGGUGAAAGAUCCUUCUUUGAUCUUCACCCUCUUGAAACCUUUUGGCCUGGUGUUGGACAAGCCCCUACAGAACGAUGUAGCGAGGAGCAUCUUCAGCGGCAUCGACUCCCUCAUGCUUGUCCCAGUGUCUCACUACUUGCAGAUCCUCAGUGAUAAUGGCCUGUCUUUCUCAUCCAUACUGACUGAUCCAAUGAAGAUGAUCAAGGCAAUGGGUAUCAUGGCAGACUUUGACACACAGAUAAGUCUGUCCGUAGAAAUUGUUGCUAAACCAAUGUUCAAACAUAUUGCUAAAAAUACUGACUUCAUUACCAACAUUCUGUGCAACACGACCCUGGUGGAGUCUUACAUCCUCCCCCUUGUCACCCCUGGCAUUGCCAACAUCCUCUGUCACGACCAUCCCACCAUGUGGGUUCCCAAACUCCGACAACUGGGUCUAGGGAACGUGGAGAUAUAUGGGCUGGCUGGGAAGUUAUCCAGCCUCCAAUUAAAAUAUCAUUUUGACACUACGUGUUCAUGGGACUGCCCACAAGAUGGACUUUGUCCUCCGGUUCAGUGCAAUAUCAGUGUCUGGAAUCCUCUGACAAGCGACAUCACAUGGGUACAAUUCCUGUCUGACAUGGAGAAGAUGACCAAACUGUUCCUGUCUGAGAGCGGUGGAGUGAUGACAAUGAAUAUGACAGCCAUCAAGGCUGGAGAAAGCUUAGAAGCAAUUUGGAACAGUAUUGGAAAAUCUGUCCUUGGAAACUUGUUAAAAACGUCAUUUGGUGUGAUGAAGGGAGUGGACAUUCAAACGUCAGGUCAAACAUGGUCCAGAUUUAAACAGAUAAUUCACUUUGUGGGGACAAUGAAUUCUUACCUUAAUGGCAUGCUUGAGAAGUUCACCAACUCCACAUCUGAAAUAUACCUACAAGAUGUCUUCCCAGACUCAAAGCAAGUUGCCAAACUCCUUGCUGCAGCUGUUGGUCAAGACACUGCUGCUGAGUUUCUUACUGCUCUUUUUAACCCUCUCAAAAUCUAUGACCAGCUGGCCAAUCCUGCCACUUGGGUCAACAUUUUCUGUGACCCUGUCUUGUUUAAUUCAACAUUUACAUUCCCUUCGGGCACACACGUUGGUGCCAUUCAGACCGCAAUGUGCACCAUGGCUGUCAACCAAUCUUCCAGUAUGGAACAACUUAUUAAUCUCUUUGAUGCUGGAAAGGUCCUGAAAGAGUUACAAGCAGUGAUGGCAUCUCAACCAUCCAACACCACAUACGGCAUGUCUUUAUGGGACAGAGUCUACAAUACCACAACUCGACUAAUCAGCAACCUGGAGAAACUUCAGCACGUCAGGGUGAAUGGCACUGCUACCAUGUCAUGGUUCAGUCCCAUCCUGGCCACACUACAGGCCCUCCAGAACCCAACCAUGAGCAGUGGCCUAGCAGUCUGCAAUGACCUUGUGACCUACCUGGGAGGAACGGACAUGUUCCGUGAAGUUCAGACAAUCAUUAGUCAGACUGUUUUCAACAUCAAGCUGAUUGCAGAUCAGAUGCCUUUGCUUGAAGUGGCUGAUGAUUUUGUGUGUACUCUGGUGCGAGACGCGAACCUCAAAGGUGCUGUUGAUAUACUGAAAACCACCGGAAUCUUUGAUUCUCUGACUCAGACAAAUCCCACAAUGAACCCCAGAGGCACAGAUGGCCUCCAGUGCUCUGUGGUGCUUCAGACAGGGAUGAACCUGUGGAAUGUCAUCAACAGUACCUUCAUCAUGGGCAAUGGUCCAGAUUGGGACCAGAUGGGACAGUGUUUUGUGGACAGUUCCAAGAACUUCCGUUCCUUUGCUGCUGGCCUUAACAGUGCUUUCAGUAUCGCCACUGAUGUUAUGUCCCUUAUCCAAGAUCCAUCUCUCAAACAGUUGCUUAAUGCACAAGGAGGUCUAACACCAGUCUUGGAUUUUGUCCUAAGAGUCUUCACGGAACAAAGAACCGUUCUGUUGAAGUUCUCUGACCUGUUGAAGAAUGACACCACAGUACAGGACUACCUCACAGGGAUUCUCAAGCUGUCCCCAGAGCUAGUGACCUCCAUCCUCAAGUCCUCCAUCAACCUGGAUUCGGCGAUGUUCCUGAACCAGCCUGUGGAGCAGAUCCAGGAGAUUCUGUGUAACGCCACACGUCUGGGGCAAGUCCUCACCCUCCCUGACUUCACCGUUGACAUCCCCACCCUCAGCCGACUCAUCUGUACAAACGAUUCCCUGACCACAGCCUCAGCCCUGAAGAGCGCAGCUGAAGCAGCUACCAUUAUACAGCAGGCCCUCAUAGCAACAUCAACUGGUCUGAAUCAGCAAUUCUUUAAUAACAUCAGCAACCAUGUCUUGAACCUUGUGGGAGACCUUCAGUUAGUGACAGAGAUUGCUGGAAUAUUCAGCGGUGGCUUCAAUGUUGAUACUCUUCGGGACAAUAUUCCCAAGAUCGACAGAUUUCUCAUGUCAUCUGGCCCUGAGAGAAUAGUGCAGAGUCUGACUAACAUCUUGGAGGACAUCCAGAAAGUCCUCCCUGCCAACAGUGAAGCCGACACCGUGCUGAAAGAAAUUGGAAUUUUCAUCAGGGGAUUAGCUGGGCUAGACAUUGUGCAGUCAUACUUCUUAGAGGCUUUGACUGUUUCUGACUUUGUGAAGAGCCCUACUGCUGUGUACAACUACCUGAUACAGAUUGGCAUGUCCCCCAGCAGUGCCAGGACUGUUCUGGAGGGAACAUUUUCUAUCAAUGUGUUCCUCAACUCCUCAUACAUCCUGGAUGCCAACAUUCCCUGCACCGAAAUGUUCAGCAGACUCCUCUCCCUCAACACCACCAUGCUCAACAUCAGACAGGUCACGGAUGACCUGUGUCGUAUCAAUGAAACAGUUGCCUUGGAGAUUGCCAACUUGCUCAUCCCACAACUUACCUUAGGAGAUCUCCUGCAAAGGUAUGUCACUUUGUCUGGUGAUGACAUUUUCAAGUCUGCCAAUAUCACGUCAGAAGAAGCUUCUGAUCUGGCCACCAAACUCAACAACGCCCAAAAGGACCUUGUGCAUGCUGCCGAACUUCUGACCGGAAAGAGCAACACCAUGAACUACAAGAGUAGCGAGAUGUUGGGAGAACUCUUCAAGCUGCCUCAAGCACAGACUGGUGCUAAAACUAUGGACUCCAUCCAACCUCUGCUGUGUGGCAAGAAGCCGGGAGAUCUUGCCGGGGAUGAUUUCAAUGUGGCAUCAGUGCUGGGGAGUGGCUCCAAGGCAACAGUCAGUGAACAGGAGCUCAGUGAAUUGGCUGAGGCUGACAAGGACAAUGGAGGUGACUUCUGUCAACAACUGUACAAUGACAUCCAGUCUCAGAACCUGGGCUCCAUCAUCUGGGCGUACCUGAAACCCAUCAUGAGGGGCAAGAUCUUGUACACCCCCGACACCCCGCUCACCAGGCAGAUCAUCAGCAAGGCCAACAACGUAUUUGACGUCCUUAAGGAUGUCCAGAGAGUGGCAAAGGCGUGGUCAGUGGGGACUCCCAAUCUGAUGGCAAUGACAGACAAAGCCAAACAAAUGGGUGCAGUCAAGGAUAUUUUAAAGAAUGACUUCAUUACAUCUCUACUGAAACAGACCUCUGGUCUUGAUGCCAAACAACUUCUGACAGGUAUUGAAGCCCUUGACUCUGGCAACUUCAACUCCAGCAGUAUGAAGGGCAUGAAGGUCGCUGCUGACCUCCUCGUCAACUACACCUCCUGUAUGGAACUUGAACGCUUUGUCGCUGCAGAAUCGGAAGAAGAAAUGGAAAAAAUGGCAUUCCGCCUCUCAGACACGAAUAACUUCUUGGCAGGCGUUGUGUUCACCAAUCUCCCAUCUGGUGGUGGGCGCCGCAGGAAGAGAGACACUGGAGGCGAUAAGCUACCUGACCAUGUCGAGUAUAAGAUCCGUAUGGAGUCAGAAAAUGUCAGAAUUACGAACCGAUUGAAACCCAGGUUCUGGGAGCCGGAUUCCUAUGACCGCUUUGCAUCCCACCUCCAGUAUCUGCGCGGCUUCAUGCAACUCCAGGACAUGGUAGAGCGAGCCAUCAUUGCCGUACAGACCGGGGAAAAUGCCACACUGCCAGGCGUCUACCUCAAACAGUUCCCCUUCCCAUGCAUUUCGGAUGACUCAUACAUUGGUGUGCUUGGAUCUUACUUGCUGCCAGUUGUGAUGACCUUUGCAUGGCUGGCUGCUCUGGCCAUUGCCACCCGCAACCUCGUCAUUGACAGAGAGGAGGGUCUAGAAGAUGCUCUAAGAAUCAUGGGAAUGAAACCCAUCCUGAACUGGUUUGCCUGGUUGGUGUCAACACUGAUACUGAUGGUGGUUGUCAGCGGCAUUCUCACCAUAAUCCUCAAAUUCAGCCAUCUUUUCCGAAUGUCCGACCCAUCGAUCGUCUUCCUGUAUCUCAUCUGCUUCUGUUUCUCGUCAACCAUGUUGGUCUACUUUGUGAGUUCAUUCUUCACCCGUGUGACCUUGGCCAUCCUGAUGGUGCUCAUCGUCUACUUCCUGUCCUACCUGCCAUACAUUGUCCUUGUCUCCAUGGAGGUGUCCAUGGUCUUCUGGCAGAAAACUAUAGCGUGUCUACUAUCUACCAGUGCAUUUGGGUUUGCUGCUCAAUAUUUGUCUCGUCUGGAGAUGCAGAAUAUUGGUCUGCAGUGGGACAACAUCGCAUCCAGUCCAGUAGCUGAGGAUCCUAUGACCUUCUCCUGGGCGUGCUACAUGAUGUUGAUUGACAGCGCCAUCUAUCUUUUCCUUGGCUGGUAUGUCAGGACUAUAAUGCCAGGUAAAUUUGGCACCUCCGAGCCAUGGUAUUUCCCGGUGUCCCCCUCCUACUGGUGUGGCAGGAAGAACAAGGGAAACAGUGCCCUUUCCUCCAGGACAGGAUCUCAGAACGUCACGCUGUUCGAGUCGAGUGGAGGUGGUUCAGGAAUACCUGGUAUGGCGGUGCGGAAUCUCACCAAGAAGUAUGGGAAGAAAGUGACUGUUGACAACAUCAGUGCCGAUUUCUAUGAAGGACAAGUUACUGCCCUACUUGGACACAACGGUGCCGCCAAGACAACAACAAUGAAAAUGUUGAUUGGGAUCUUGGAGCCCACGUCUGGAGAAGUGUUCAUCAACCAGAAGGGGUCUGCUGGAGCCAUCGGCUUCUGCCCUCAACACAACACACUUCUAGACUACAUGACCGUCCUGGAGCACAUGGAGCUGUAUUCUGGCAUCAAGUGUGACUGGUCGUCCAGUGACCGAGCCAGUGAAAUCAAGAGCCUCCUGUCUGAUGUGGACCUGUAUCAUGUGCGUUAUGUCCGAGUCAGUCAGCUGUCUGGGGGUAUGAAGCGUAGAUUGUGUGUGGCCCUGGCGUUUGUUGGAGGGUCGACGGCAGUCGUGUUGGAUGAACCCACCAGUGGAGUAGACCCACACGCAAGGAAACACAUUUGGAACCUGAUCACGAAACAGAGACUUGAGCGGACCAUCCUGCUGUCCACGCAUCACCUGGAUGAGGCCGAUACCGUCGGAGACACCAUCGCCAUCAUGCACGAGGGUCACAUUCUGUGUUGUGGGUCCCCCAUGUUCCUGAAGGGGAAGCUGGGUGGAGGGUACCAUCUCACUGUGGAGAAGGCCACCAAGAUGGAGGCCUCCGGAACAUUCAAUGGAAACCAAAGUGACUGCACUAGCACUCAAGUCCUGGCCUUCAUGAAGACAAUGUUGCCGAAAGCCCAGCUUGUGGAGGAAUUUGGGACUGAGAUGACCUUCAACCUGCCACGAGAGGACAGUGUCCACACACCGUUUGACGUAUUCUUCAGACGCCUCGACGAACACUGUAAUCACCUGUGUAUAAGCAGCUACGGCGUCUCUGAUACUACCCUUGAAGAUGUGUUCCUGAAAGUGACAGCUCUGGCAGAUGACAAUGUUGUCCUCAAUGAAGAAGUCCUGGAGAAAGAGCGCCUCAAACCAUUACGUACUCGCACUACCACCGAGACUGCAAGCGAUACAACAUCGGAGACGAGCAGUCAAGAGACGACAGUGAACAUGCUGGACACCGGUCAGUUGAGAUACUCCGGUUUGUCCCUGAAGCUGCAGCAGAUGUCAGCGUUGUUGAUGAAACGUUUCCACCACUACCGCCGUGACUGGCGCAUGUACCUCUCCAUCGUGCUUUUGCCGUUCCUGCUAUUUUUGGCAUCAAUGGGCUUUGCCAGGAUCCGCCCAGAGAUGGAGUCCAUGCCUAGCUUGCUCCUCACACCCGACAUGUAUGGCCCUGACAACUACAUGUUCUUCAAGGAUAUGAGCUAUGAAUCACUAAGUGACAGAAUCGCAGAAACAUUGACCCAGAAGCCUGGCGUUGGCACUGUUUGUUUAGAUGGAUUUGAUUCUGGUUUACCAAUCACAUGUGACUGGACGAAUAGAAGCUUCACCUCACGUGUCCCCCAGACAAACAACGAUGGAUGUAAGUGUGAGAAUUUCAAGCAGCAGUGUGCCCCAGGCUCAGUCCCCAUUCCUCGACACAUCCAAACCCCGACCGGCAACUACCUGCAAGACCUGCUUGGCGAAGACAUCUCACAGUAUCUUCUACACAGUUUUGAUGACUUCCUAGAGAAAAGGUACGGAGGUUGGUCCUACGAAGUUGGCCCAGAGGGAACAGACACAGACAUGGCUGCCACUGUGUGGUUCAACAACGAAGGUUACCACGCCAUGCCAGCAUUCUUCAACGCCUUCAGUAACUCUCUUCUCAGAGCCAAAUUAGGACAGAAGGCUGGAAUGGACCCAUCCAAAUAUGGCAUCAGUGUCUACAGUCAUCCAAUCACAUUGCACACAAUGACAUUGUCACUGGAUAGUAUGGGUCAACAAGCCACAGAUGCUGGAAUCUCAUUGGUCUUCCUGCUGGCCUUCACCUUCAUCUCCACUGCCUUCAUGGUCUACCUCGUCAAUGAAAACCUGAACAAAGAGAAACAGCUGCAGUUCAUCAGCGGAGUUGGGCCUGUCCUCUACUGGGUCACUUCAUUCAUAUGGGACAUGUUACUGUACAGUUUUACUGUGGCCCUGGCUGUGGUGGCAUUGGCCAUAUUCCAACUCGGACCUUACUGGGACAGACAGAACCUGGCUGCAGUGGUCAGUCUCAUCAUGUUGUACGGAUGGUCCGUGAUACCACUGAUGUACAUGACACUGAAGCUAUUCAAGAGUGCAUCAGCAGCCUACCUCACUCUGUUCUGCAUCAACAUGCUCAUCGGCAUACUCACCAUCAUCACCAUCUUUGUGCUGAUCAUCUUCCAGACUAUCGGCACGCGCAUUGGUGAAGCCUUCAAUGUCUGCCGCUACUUGUUCCUCAUAUUCCCUCAAUUCUGCAUGGGUCAAGGUCUCAUUGAUGUCACCGUGAACCACUACAAGUACCUGCUGUUUGCUAGGUUCGGAGACGAUGUGUAUGAAAAUCCCUUCUCCUUCGAGAUGCUAGGCUGGAACCUGCUUGCCAUGGGGAUUCAGGGUCUCGUGUUCUUCAUAAUCACAAUCAUUAUUGAAAGUAAACGCAGCAAUGGCGCAAGAAUCCCAAGCCGCCUGUUGGACAUCCCUGAGGAAGAUGGAGAUGUCCACAACGAGAGACUUCGUAUACAACAUGGACAGACAAAGGAUGACAUUCUCUAUGUCAAUGGACUUUCAAAGAUCUACCGUCGAGGCAUGAAGAGGUUCCUGGCUGUGGACAAUCUGUGCUUCGGUGUCUCAAAGGGAGAGUGUUUCGGGCUGCUUGGAGUUAAUGGUGCUGGCAAGACAACAACCUUCCGGAUGUUGACAGGGGACACCAACACCUCCAGCGGAGCUGCAUACCUGAACGGACACAAGAUCAGCACAGGCGACCCCUACCUUGGUCAGGAGAUAGGGUACUGUCCACAGGAGGGGGGGUUGGAUGGUUUCCUCAGUGGAGAGGAGAUCCUCUUCUGCCAUGCCAAACUGAAGGGCAUGUCUGAACAAUACGCUCGCAAGGUGGUUGUGGACUUGGUGGGCAAGCUCCACCUGGCUGCCUACGCUCAGAAGGCCAUCAACACAUACAGUGGUGGCACCAAGAGGAAGCUGUCACUUGCCAUCGCCAUGUUGGGAGAACCACCCGUCCUCUUCCUGGAUGAACCCACGUCAGGCAUGGACCCUGCCACCAGGAGGCUUGUGUGGAAGUGUAUAUCUAAGGCUGGACAGAAUGGACAGUCCAUUGUUCUUACUUCACACAGCAUGGAUGAAUGUGAUUCCCUGUGUUCCCGACUGGCCAUCAUGGUCAAUGGCAGACUCAUGUGUCUUGGCAGUGCCCAGCAUCUCAAGACGAAGUUCGGCGAUGGCUAUACCGUGACAAUGCACAUCCAGGGCUUGUCCAACAACCGCUUCAACAUUGAGCAGGCCUUCCUCAACCGCUUCCCUGGCGCGACCAUCAAGGUCAGUGUGGGAGGCAAGGACCAGCACACCAGUGUACUUGAAGUUGGCAUUCCGCGCAACACAACAUCUGUGUCAGAGCUGUUCUCCAUCCUCCAGACAGCCCAAGAGAAAAACCACAUCACCAGAUACUCCCUCUCUCAAACUACACUGGAUACUGUGUUUGUCAACUUCGCCCAAGAACAAUCUGACAGCAUCUCUGAUAAAGAUGAUGAUCUGUCCACGUCUGGUGGGGAGUCUGGAUCGGAGCAGUCAGGAAUACUCCCAGGACCAUUCUCCAAUCAGACAUAUGCGUACAUGAACCCACAGUAUAUGGCGGACCCUCAAGAUGAGCGAUUCUCAUCACAAUACGCAGCCAACCUUGCACAGGCCUCCACUAGCAUCUCCAUGAAGGAAGGCAAAAUUAACAAGGCCUUCGAUGACGAUAACAAGGUGUUUGAUACAAGAUUGUGAUUGAUAACAGCUUUUCCAACAGAUGACUGACUUUAAUGUUUUGUGAAAACAUCCUUAAUCUUCAGACCAAAUGUGACAGUUUUAUUGUGCAACUGUAUUUCUAAAACUUACAUCCAUAUUUUGCAAUUAUGAUAAAGAAUUUUGUCAUCUGAGUGGUUUUGCAUGAUAACCACAAAACUCAUAGUUUCAGCUUCUGUAAACAAAUCAAUGAGGACACUGAAGUCCUUACACUGUAUUGAUUGCUAGCAUAAUAUUUGUAUAUAGAACAAAAUUCAUUAAAAUUUACCAAACAAUAAAUCUUGCUAAUGGACAUUUCACCUGAAAUGUUCAGGCAUGUGGACCUAUGUUUCAUCAACUCAGUUUAACAAUUUGCAGUAUGUUUUGUGAUAUUGUUUCAUAUUCAGUUAAGCAAGAUAACAAUGCAAAUUGUUGUUUUAUCAUGUUAAUAGCAUUCCCAAUGAAGAUAAUAUUUUAUAGUAUUUACUAGAAUAUUGUAAUAUUAUAGAGGUCGAUCUGUCAAUUUCAAGUAUUUGUAUGACGAUAUAUAUCAACAUAAUACAACCUUUUUACUUUUUAAACAUGACUUUUGUAUCAUAAUUUUCAAUUUCUCAUGAUAGGGUAUAAACAUAUCAUCAUGCGACAAAUGAACAAAAACUUCAAUACUUCUCUCUCAGCAACUUUAUACAAAAUAUGCUCCAUGCAAGUUGUUUUUCCACUGUAACGAAUGAUUUAAAUAACAAUUGUUUGAAAGAAAUAAUAUUUCAAAUGUCUUAUUCAUAUUGCACAGAACAGGAAUCAUAGUGGGGUUGGUAGCACAUUUUGCAAUGCUCCAUUCCAUUCUAUCAGCAUUUAAAGGGUAAAAGAAUUGCUCAAAGCUUUAUGUUUUUUCAACUGUAGACUACAACUUGUAAGUGAUGCUUGGAUAAUAGGGUGCAAUACAAUGUUUGUCUCGUAGAAGCAUCUGUCAAAGUUUAAUGUCAUGUUCCUUUCUGUUCUGUGUACAUUUGUAUGAUGAACCAGUACCAGUUGUUUAUGGUAAUCUUAAAAUACGUUUUUUUAAUGUUUUAAAUAAAUCAAAUGGAGACAAUGUACUGUGAUUUGUUUCCUGAGAAUCAACAAUUUGCAUAAUAGGAACCAAAUCUGUGUUGCCACUGUUCUGACAUAAUUUGGUUCAUUUUGUUUUCAAUGUGUAACUUUGUACAAGUCUCUCUCUGAUCUGUUUUGCAUGGAGCCAGAGGAUUGUUUAGCCUCUCUCUACAGACGCUUUGUAUCAUGUGACCAGAAUAAUCAGCUAUUGUGAUGUGUAUAUAUUAUGGUGAUACACUAUUUUGUGGAUACAGCCUAAUAUGUACAGACAAUUUUAUUACUUUCAUAUUUUCAAUAUUACAAUUAUAGAUAGAUGCAAUAUAUAUUUUUAAAUAUUUUUAACAAAAUCCUGUUUUUCUAAAUAAACUAUAUGAUGCAAUUUAAAA